GUCUUCUCACUCCCAUUGAUCCAUCUCCUUCCUGUUCAUCUAGUCUUUCGUCAACUUCCCUAUCCUGAACAUGAAGACUGCAUUCGCUGUUGUGGCUCUCUUCGCCGGUGCUAGCGCAUUCAACGUCGCGGUGCCUGCUGCCCGUGUUACGUCCGCGCGCGCAUCAUCGACGGCGGUAUCAGCUGGAUACGUACCGGAUGGCCUCACCGCGAAGCAGUGGGAUGACAUGAAGAAGGAGAAGGCAUCGAAGGCAGCAGCGAGGAAGAAGGAAGUGGCCAGCAAGAAGUUCGAGGACAUCGACACCUUCAUGAAGGGAAUGGAGUCGGGCAAGCGAGGACACACUUUUGCUAAGGUUGACGAGACGUUGGAGAAGCUUCUGCCUGCCGGAGCACGCGGUGUCAAGCAGAACAAGUAAACAAGCGGACGUCAAUUUGGCACGCUGCGGCGUUGCCCACACUUAACGGUUACCCACCGACCAUAUUGUUUGUUUUUUGCAUCGAGGGAAAGACUUCCGCACCACUUGGUAGAGGCAAGACAUCCGAGUUGUAUUAUAAGCUAGGCUGCAGACCUGGUACUCCAAAGAUGUGUCUUGAUGUGAACCAGUCUUCCUUGUUUGGGGCGAGAAGCUGGCUAGCUUCCUGUGAACCUCUUGCGAUCGGAUAAUUAAGUGACGGUUCGACCCCGUUUAGACAAGAGUAGGUUGGUGAUGUUGACCACGAAAUCCUUUUCUCGAAAGGGGUUUUCUGUGAAGCUUUCAACAAGUAUCACACAAAUGCUGUCGGCGGUUUCUCAAAAGUCAACCAGACAUGAAAACAUGUGUGCCUGGUCGUGAUUCAAAAGCACUUGUGUUUGAUGUAAAGUCUCUUUGCGUGCGUCUCGGUGACAAGCUAGCUAGCUGCCUUAGGGAAGUUAGUGGAAGGCUUGGUCCCAUUUCGAAAAGGUGGCAAGGGUAGAUGUGGUUGUGUUGACCACCACGUCCUUGUCUCGCAAGGGUUCCUCGCUGAUGGGAGUAUCUUUGUGUGGGCGUUGCAGCUAACGUCACACACAAGUGCUACAGACGGUUUCAACAUUCAACCAAACACGGCGAGAUUUUGUGUCUGCUGAUCAUGGAUAUCGCCCAACCCCGCCUUUAAAUCAUUGCGUGGUCGGUGAAGAGGCGAUGUGUGUGGAGUCUGGCUUUGUAAGAAAUUGAAUGCUUGAUACUGU